UAAAAAAAGGAGCGUGCAGCGAUAGCAUCCAUCACAAUAAUAAACAAUCAAAAUUUGAUUAUAAUAAAAACAACGGUUUUUUAUCAUAUUAGUUAAAAUUAAUUGAUUGCAAUAUGUCUAAACAGUAUGGAUUGAUUGAUCCAAAAGCAAAUAAAUCCAAACUCGGUGUUACUAAACAUGCUGCGUUUGCGAGUGAUUCAGAUUCGGACUCUUGUCCUACUAAAAAGCCCUCGGUGAAUCUAUGUCUUGGCGAAAGCCAAAAACGACAAGCAAGGGCAGCCCAACAGAAAGCACUAGAGGAAGACCCCACUAUCUAUCAAUAUGAUGAACUGUAUGAUGAUAUGGAUCAGAAACGUAAAGAGGCUAAAGCUGGCAAAUCGCAGGAAGAACGAAAGCCUAAAUAUAUUACGAAGUUGUUAGAAACUGCAGACAAACGAAAAAAGGAACAAGAACGGCGCAUAGAACGUCAAAUACAAAAAGAACGCGAAGCUGAAGGGGAGAUGUACAAAGAUAAGGAAUCUUUCGUAACAUCCGCUUACCGGGCUAAGCUAGAAGAGAUGAAGAAAGCUGAAGAGGAGGAAAAGCGGGAAGAAUACUUGGAGCGCAUAGGAGACGUCACCAAGCAAGGCGAUCUAGGUGGUUUCUACAGGCAUAUUUACUCACAGAAGAUGGGCGAAAAAUCGAAUGAGGAAACACCCAAAGAUGAAACGAUAGACAUUAAGCAAGAACAGCCCGAUUCCGAAGAUGAAGAACAACCUAGCGACAAUAACGCUCCAUGUAACAAGGAGAGCUCCGCAAAAGUUAGGCGGUAUCGCAAACGUGCUUCGGAUGACAACGAUGAACAUGAGGGCGAUGAAAAGAAUGAUUCCAAUAAAAAGAUUCAUUUGCAGUCUAAUUUGGAUGCGGAUUCUGAUUUCAGCAUAGAUUCCAACAGCUCAAGUAAUGAGAUGAGUGAAUCAGAAGAGGACGAAAAGUCGGAUAAAAAAGACAAAAAUGCAGUAAAAAUUUUGCCUAAAAGUCCACCUGAAGCAUUGAAAUUAGAUCAGGCAACUGAUUUAAGUUCGACAAUCGUACCUAGAGAAGAAAAGAAACCUCCCAAAGAGGACCUUAACGGAAAAGAAAUGGUAAAAUCCGAAGAAGAGGUACAAGUGAUUAAGGCACCUAAAAUCGAUAUUUGGAAGAAACGAACUGUCGGAGAUUUGUUUGACGCAGCGUUACAAAGAUAUUUUGAGCGUAAGGCAGCCAGAGAAACUGGUUAAACUUGGUUCCAAUUCACCAAACAAAUGCAUUAUCAUGUAUUGUAUUCUAAUAAAUAUUACAAUAAAAACAUGAAACCAUUGAAAACUAUUAA